AAGGCCUGCGAAGGACACGUAUCGCGGCUCUUCGUACGGUGUGCGUCUUGAAUGGAUGUAGCGGCUGUCGCUUAUUAUUGCAAGGGUUAUAUAACUGCAUAAACGUAUCCUUUACGUGCUCCGGUGUGACUGGAAGGCCAGCAGACCUGUUGCCGGCCCUCUUGGGUACUGGGGGUUCGGUAUGCACUAGCGCCGGCUUAGAGCUUUGAUAAUCAUGUUGCCCUACUCCAGCAACGCGUAUGGCGGCUAUUCCAGUGCGUAUGGGAGGCGUAAAGGCAUACUUGGCUCGCAAACAGCAAUAACAGGUGUUGGGUUGCUGUUAAUCGUCGCUUCAUUGGGCUUCGCGUUUUACAGCUCCUCGCGGGCUUCAAACGCAUUGUCCUCAAAGGAGAAGCUCUCCGGCGAGCUUGAGACAUUGCGCGUGGAGCUUUCUAGCUUGCGGAACAAGCUGACCAGCCGCAAUGCCGAGUUUGAGCAUCUAGAGGCCAAUCACGGCCACACCAAGCGGCGCCUGGCGGAGCUCACCAGCCAGCUGCAACGGAAGGAGGCGGAGCUGGUGAACAGGGACCAGACGCUCAAGCAGCACCAAAAUGAGCGCGCUACCACGGACCAGCACAGGCAGGCUCGGGAGGCGGAGCUCACAAAGAUGGUGGAGGACCUACGCAACGAGCUGAUCCGCAGUGACGGGGUGAUUGAUGCGUUGGAGCGCAAGGUGGAGACGUUGGAGCACAUGCACAAGGACCGGGAGCAGGACUGGCACAACCUGGCGCUGUCGUGGGUCAAGUACGAGGAGGACCUGCAUGACCACUACAAGAAGUGCACUGCUGAGGUCGCCAAGCUCCAGAACAAAACCGCGCCGGCGGACCCCGAGGCUCCGCUACCGGAAGCCGAGCCCAAGGUCCGGCCGGAGACGGACUUCGGUCACAUCAAAGUGGAUGUCCCCGCACACCACGCUCACCACUUUGACCCCCUAGCGCCCGCCAAGGAGCCGCCCUCGGCCUCCGCCGCCAAGAGCGAUUCCGUGGUCGAUCUGCCCCUGCCCGAGGACAAGAUCCGUCAGUCCAUCGUACACAUGACGGAGGGCAAGGUGGGCCUGCCACCUCAGCCCCCCUCACCCGUGUCAUCCCAGCACCACGACGUGUACCAUGGCGACUUUGAGGAGCACGGAGAGCACUACAACCACCAUGAGGACGAGCACUACCAGGGGCACUACGACCAUUACCAUGGCCAUUACGAUUCGUACGAUCCCAUGGACGCCGACUGGCUGCGGGACUCGCACGGCGACUGGAACGCCGACGAGGCGGCUCACCACGAGCAGCACGGCGGCGACCCGCAGCAGCACGCCCAACACCCCCCGAUCCCCGAGCACCUCCAGCAGCACCACCAGCCGCCCUCCCCCAGCUUCCAGGAGGCCCAUGGCCCCGGGCAGCAGCACCGAUACCACUACCAGCAUGACCAACACCGGCAAAACCAACCGCAGCAACAACACCAGCAACAACAACCUGACCCACACGGGCAGCAGCAGCAGCAGCAACACCACCAACAGCAUCAGCAGCAGCCACCCUAUACGGGCGGUGGGCAUGUGCCGCCGCAUGCGCACCACGCGCAUAGCCACUGGGUGGAGGAGCAACAGAGGCAGCACCAGUACCAAUUGGAGCAGCACCACCAGCAGUAUCAGCAGUACUUGCAGCAGCAGCAACAACAACAGCAGCAGCAACAACAGCAACAGCACCAACAGCACCAACAGCAGAACCACCACCAGCCGCAGCAACAGCACCAGCAGCACCACCACCACAGCGAUUUGGCGUAUAAGAUGGGUUUUUAGGUGGCGAACAGGCGUUGUUUAUCCGAGAUUUAACCAAGUGAGUUUCACACAUGGCGUAGCACAGGGCUGUAAGGUAGAGCAGCGUGCGGGUGUGUCCCCGUGUCUUUUUGUUGCUGACGACAGUGCUGCAGGAGUGGGCAAGAACUGGGUUUAGCCGGUGAGAAUGGGGGAUCUAGGUUUGCAGCGUUAUGGCUGCAUGGCAUUAAGCUCGUGGCCAGAGGGAGACGCGGUCGUUAGGAUCGGCGAUUUGCGGUGCGGUGCAUUCAUCUUGGCGCCAGUAUGCUUGGCAGGUUGGAACUUCUGAAUCGCUUUUUGGGCCAACAUAGCGUUUGGUCCAGUAGCAUCUGGUCCUCUGGGUUUAAGACACCAUGCUCUGCAAUGGGGGCUUCUUGCGGUAUGGGAAUAGCGCGGAUGGGUGCCGUCUGGGGUUGGGUGCCUUAUGGUGGGCGCCUUGCUUGUUCUGUGGUUGACGCAUUGUACGAACAAAACCUUUGCAGAUUUUCCUUCGAUCUGAGAGGUUGACAUUUGGAAGGCAGGUUUUUUGUGAGCUAAACCUUGAGGUUUCUGACAUACGAAUAAGGCAGAUACGCGGUGGGACAAUGCGGUAGGGUUUUCUUGCUUGCUUUCUUGAUUGCUGGGUCUCCUUGAUUGCGGUGGCGAGGCAGUGGGGUUAGGGGGGUGACACUUGGCAGCGGCCUUUGGAUUCACAUUGCGAUGCGUGAUUGAAGUGGGUAGCCUUUAGCAUUAGCCGGGGCUUCGUGAUUUAGGUAGACCGGACACAAGGGCUGGGCACGCUUGGCUUACCCGCGUGGAUUCAACUCUUUCAGGGUUUGUUUGUGGGUUGCACCUACAGCAUACUGCGUGGCCUUCAGUACAAGAAAGGAACGCAAGGGGACGUGGGAGUCACUUCCCACUCAUCGUCGAGUCCCAGCUUACUGUGCGCAUGUCCUGUGAAAUUGUGUUUGCCGCUGUUUACAGCACUGAUACCGGUAACGUG